AUGGCAUCUUCGACAUCAAUCAAAUCACGCCACGUGGCUGUAAUCGGAGCUGGAGCCGCCGGACUAGUGGCGGCGAGAGAGCUUCGACGAGAAGGUCACUCCGUCGUCGUUUUCGAGAGGCAGAAACAGGUCGGAGGAACCUGGAUCUACACCGAUCAUGUCGAGUCGGAUCAGUUAAGCGUCGACCCGACCCGAAUCGUCGUUCACUCGAGCGUCUAUGACUCUCUCCGAACUAACCUUCCUCGAGAAUGUAUGGGAUUCAGAGACUUCCCGUUCGCGAUCCGAUCCGGCGAAUCCAGAGAUCAGAGGAGGUUUCCGAGUCACGGUGAAGUUCUGGCGUAUCUGCAGGAUUUCGGUAAGGAAUUUGGCAUCGAGGAGCUGAUCCGGUUCGAGACGACUGUUGUGCGUGGUUCUCCGGCGGCGAAAAUCGACGGCGGAGAAGGAAUCGGAAAAUGGAGAAUCGAAUCUACAGAGAAGGAGAAGAAAAUUCAUUGCGAUGAGAUUUACGAUGCAGUCGUUGUUUGUAAUGGACAUUACAUUGAACCUCGUCUCGCUGAAAUUCCAGCCAUAACUAUCGUCUUCCACAACCUUUCAAAGAUCAGUGGUGAUGAUAUAAGCAGAGACAUUGCUGGAUUUGCCAAAGAAGUUCAUGUGGCUUCUUGGUCAAAUCCAGCUGAUACAUACAUCAAACAAACUGGUCACCCUAACCUCUGGAUGCAUUCAAUGAUUGAGCGUGUCCUUGAGAAUGGUUCUGUGGUUUUUCAGAAUGGGAAAACGGUUUUGGCUCAUGUGAUAAUGCAUAGCACUGGGUAUAAGUAUGACUUCUCGUUUCUUGAUACCAAUGGAAGUGUUACUGUAGAUGAUAAUCGUGUUGGUCCAUUGUACAAACACAUCUUCCCUCCACCAUUAGCACCGUCGCUCUCCUUCGUGGGAUACCAUGUUAUACCGUUUCCUAUGUUUGAGCUGCAAAGCAAGUGGAUUGCGGGUGUUUUGUCGGGUCGGAUCAUGCUUCCUUCAAAGGAAGAUAUGUUAAUGGAAAUCAAGAACUUGUAUGCAACACUUGAAGGGGAAGGGAUUCCUAAGCGAUAUACUCACUCUUUGGGCAUCAACCAUUUUGAGUACAAUGAUUGGUUGGCUUCACAAAUAUGGGUGCUCAGGAACAGAGGAGUGGAGGAAAGAGAUGUUUUUGACGAGUUUCAUGAGGAAGAUGGAGAAUCCGGAGACGUAUAG